AUGGCCCUCGACGCUGGCGACGAGCACACGCGCUCCACGGCCGCCCCGCCGACGAUCAUCAUCCCCCUCUCGCUCCCGUCGUGGACCGAGCCCCAGCACAGCGAGCACGUCCUCGUGCGCGUCCCGCUCGCAGCGUACCGCGAGCGCAACCUCCCCGACGUCAUCUUCCACCUCAACCAGUAUGCGCAGCUGUUCGAGCGCACGCGCCAGCAGGUCAUCAACUGGAAGGUUGCGGCCACGACCGACCCCAACCUCGUGACCCACUCGCACCAGCACAGCUUCUCGACGCUGUCCUUUGCGUCGCUCAAGUCGGACAUUGUCGAGCCCGACGGCGUCCCCCUGCACACACCAGCCAACGGACCCACGCCGGCGCAGUCGCGCCCCCGCACGCCCGACCCGGUUCUGAUUGAGCGCCUGCACGACCUCGCCCAGCAGCUCGAGCACGUGGCUGCCCUCGCGGCGCGCUUCACGAGACUCGACCGUACCGUCGCCGAGGCCGGCGCGAUCACGCUUCCCAACAGCGACGACCAGCCUGCCCCGCCCACCGGCAACCUGGACCCCGAGGACGACCCUGACAUCAACUCGCUCGCCGCUGAGCGCGACCCCGCACUCAAGGCGCACGACCUCGCGCUGCUGGCCGCAGAGCGCACCGCCGUACUCGCCGCCCUCAAGGAGCACUACGAGCUCUACCUCACUGGGUUCCCUCGUACGCUCGAGAACCGCCCCAAGCUCGUCGAGGUGCUCGAGGAGACACAGAGGCACAUCCAGAAGAGCGCCAAGGGAUUCGAGGAGCAGCUCGCUCACGUCGAGUUCCUCAGCUAG